GUUCUUAACACGGAACUAUUUAUACUGGGUCACAGAAUCAUAACAUUGGAAAGUGUUCUUGCACUAUUUCAAAUCAGAAAUGUACAGUUGCUGAUUAAUUUGUUUAGUAGUUUAUGACUUGGGAGUGCAACCAAUGCUCUAACUAAACUAAACACCUAACAUUUGUGUGAUGUGUUUAUUUUCAGGUGUUUGAUGUCUAACGGAUGCUGACUGUUCGAGCUCUGUUUGGGAUUGGCUUCCUUGUGACUUCACGGGCAACCUUAGUCCAUAGCCAAAAGGGAACAUGUCCACUGGCCAGUGUAAAUAACAACUCUAAGAAGGAGUGCUUCAGUCGACGAUCAUCAACAAUGGCCCAAUCGAUCAAAUACCUUGGGCAAGAGGAGGCUCAGCGUAUUGACGAGGAGCUCUUUAGUGAGUACGGGUUCAGUGUCGACCAGCUGAUGGAGCUGGCUGGUCUCAGCUGCGCCACAGCUGUCACCAGGGCCUACCCCACCAGCUCCCUGGUCAAAGCCCGGCCCUCGCUGCUGGUGAUCUGUGGCCCAGGUAACAACGGAGGAGAUGGCUUGGUGUGUGCCAGGCAUCUUAAGCUCUUUGGGUAUGAGCCCACCAUACUGUACCCCAAGAGGCCCAGCAAGCCCCUGUUCCAGGGCCUGUCCCGACAGUGUGAGAAGAUGGAUAUCCCUUUCCUGACCGAGAUGCCUGAGGCAAAGAUGGUAGACGAGGCCUACAAUCUGGUGGUAGACGCCAUCUUCGGUUUCAGCUUCCAGGGUGCCGUCAGGGAGCCGUUCGCUUCCAUCCUGGAUGUCCUGAAGAAGACCACAGUGCCUGUGGCCAGCAUCGACAUCCCCUCAGGUUGGGACGUGGAGAAGGGAAACACAGGUGGACUCCAUCCAGACAUGCUCAUCUCCCUCACUGCACCCAAGAAAUCUGCCAUGUUCUUCCAGGGACGGUACCACUACCUGGGGGGCAGGUUUGUGCCUCAGUCCCUGGAGAGAAAGUACCAGCUGAACCUACCUCAGUACCCUGACACAGACUGUGUUUACAAACUGCAGUAGGGCUGGCUAUAAUGAGACAAGCCACGGGGGGUUGAUUGGGAAAAAUGGUACCUGUAAUUAACUUGUUUGGAAGCAUGAUUGAAGAUGGAAAGAACAGUUUGUUCGUGCAGGAAAGGUUUGAGUGUCGAUGUGUGUGGCUAAUGAGCCAACAUUUCCACCCAGAAUGAAAUAACGUAUUAAAUUAUAUCAAACAA